AUGAACUCAGAACAAUUUGACAAAUUCAUAGAAAGCCAGAAACAACAAAUGGAUCUUCUAUUUCUGUUGUUUGAGAAACUAGAACAAAAAAUGAAAGAUAACACACCAGAUCCAACUGCUCAAUUUGAAAGUUACAACUCAGAAAAAGAAAGAUUUUCAGCCUAUAUUGAACGAUUUGAAAACUAUCUCAGCAUGAAGAAUGUGUCAAACAAAACUAAAAAAGCUCAAAUUCUAUGUGCAUCAAUCGGUUCUAUCCAUUACAACAACUUAGUUGCAUUCAAAGGACCUACAAAGAAAAUCAAAGACUUGGAAUAUGAACAGCUAGUUGAAGCCUUUGGCGAAAUGCUAUCGCCUAAAAAGAAUACUGUAGUGUCGCAGCAUUACUUUUUCUCCACUUACCAAUCAGAAAGUGAAAACAUACCUGACUAUGUUGCAAGUUUGCAAAAACAACUUGCUGACUGUGAAUUUUACAUAAAAUGUGAAUGCAGAGAAAACAUUUCAACAGCUCACAUUUUCUUAAGGGCUCAAUUCAUUAGGGGCAUUCGUGAUAAUAGCAUUCGAGAACAACUUUUACAAGGAAAGGAAGAGAACUUUGAUGAAAUAGUCAGGAGAGCUAUAGCUCUUGAAGCAGCCCAAAUCCAGUGCAAGGAACUUUCAAACAUUUCAAAACCUCUGAUCCCUAGUUCUUCAGUGCCAGAUAUAAUGAAAAUUCAGAAGACCACUAGACACGAUCAUCCAUCCACUCGGACAUCAUCAUCAUCAUCAUCAACAUCAUCUCCCUGGAAAAAGCCAUCAUACAAGCAUCGAUCAAGCCAAAGAAUCGAUUAUGAGUCCUUAGGAAUCAACAAUCUUUGCUUCAGAUGUGGAACAUCUAACCACCGAUCAAACCAGUGUCGAAUAAGGCGUGAAAAACUAUUCUGUGAAGCAUGUAAGAAGAAUGGCCACAUUCAAAAAGUUUGCAUCAAUACCCUGACCAAGAAAUAUGCUUCAAGUAAACAAGUUAACCGAUUCUCUGACAAUGAUAUGAUCAAUGACUCACAAUCUGAUUGUUCCUACGGGGCAUGCAACAUAAUCAGUUCAGUAUCCAAAGAUCAGAAAAUCAUCAACCUCUACGAAAUUGAACCUGGACAUGGAAAGUACAUAGUAGAGGUAGCGAUAAACCACAAGAAACUGAAGAUGGAAGUAGAUUCUGGUGCACGGUACACAAUUUUACCAGAGGAUAAGUUCUUAGCAUUGAAUUUGGGAAUAGAUCUUCAACCUUCAAAUCUAAAUUUUCGAGCUUAUUUCAAUGAUAUUGUGCCAUGUAAAGGAAAAGCAAAAGUUACAUUACAAUAUAAAGAACGAUCUUUAAAAGCAGAAGUGUAUGUAGUUUCAUCAGGCCACGAUCCUAUUUUAGGUAGAGAUUUGAUCCGUGCUUUCGACAUUGAACUAAAACAAAUUGAUCAUGACAUGAAAACUAAUCCAAAAGUCCAUUUGGUUGAUGGCGACAGAAAGAACUUUCAAGAUAUGAAUAACAUUCUGAAUGAGUUUGCUUCAAUUUUUGAGGAAAAAAUUGGUUGUGUUCCUAACAUUCAAGUUUCAUUAACUUUAAGAGAUGACACAAAACCGGUAUUUACAAAAGAACGUGAUGUCCCAUAUGCACUUAGAGAACGUGUUGAAAAGGAGUUGGAAUCUUUAGAAAAAGAGGGAAUCAUCACUCCGAUUGCGACAAGUGACUGGCGAUCACCUCUCGUCAUCAUUCCCAAACCAGAUGGUGGACUGAGACUUUGUGUGGAUUACAAGUGCGGUGUAAACGAGAGGUUAGUCUCGGCUAAUUUUCCUAUAAGGACGGUUGAAGAUGUUCUUAACAGUCUCCGAAAUUCCAAAUACUUUUGCAAACUUGACCUUUAUAAAGCGUACUUACAUUUAGCAGUAGACAAAGAAAGUAGUGAAAUCCAAACUAUGUCAACACAUAAGGGAACCUUUCUCAUGAACCGUCUCAGUUUUGGCAUAAAAACCGCUCCCUCAGAAUUCAACAGAAUUUUGUCACAAAUCCUCAAUGGACUUAAUAAGUGUGAAGCUUAUUUCGAUGACAUAGUCGUCCAUGGAGCAACCCAAGCAGAAUGUGCUCACAACCUUCGAAUGUGUUUAAGAAGACUAACAGAAUACGACUUACAUCUAAAUCGAAAGAAAUGUACAUUUUUUGAAACAAAGAUUGAAUACUUAGGACAUCUGAUUGAGCAAAAUAAAAUCAGCAAAUCUCCCGAGAAGAUAAAGGCAGUGAUGGAAAUGUCAAGACCGCACAACGCUGAUGAGGUCAGAAGAUUUCUUGGAAUGAUUACUUAUUACUCACGUUUCAUUCCAAAUCUAUCUACGUUGUCCUGUCCCUUAAGGGAGUUGCUCAAGAAGAAACACCGUUUUCAAUGGACGACAGAAUGUGAAUCAUCCUUCCAAAAGCUCAAGCAAGAGAUUUGCAGUGACAGAGUCCUGAUUCCUUAUGAUCCAAAAUUGCCAGUUGUACUUUCUUGCGAUGCAAGCCCUGUUGGCAUUGCGGGAAUACUUAGCCACAUCGUAAAUGGUCAUGAACGCCCUAUCGCUUACACAUCCAGAUCACUAACACCUGCAGAACAAAAUUAUAAUCAACUAGAUCGAGAGGCACUUGCUAUUAUAUUUUCUGUUGGAAAGUUUCAUAACUACUUGUAUGGAAGCCAGUUCACUCUUGUCACAGAUAAUAAGCCUUUGAGCAGAAUCUUUAGUCAUGACCACUCUUUGCCGAAAAUGACAACAGCUCGAUUACUUCGAUAUGCUUCAUUUCUAUCUGGAUUCAAUUAUAAGUUGAAAAACAAAUCAGGAGAUGAAAAUGAAAAUGCUGAUUGUUUAUCUCGAGCACCUUUGUCUCAAGACUCAAGAUCAACUGAUAUGAAGAUAAAUGAAGAAGUUCACCUUCUGUAUGCUGAGUCACUUUUCCAAAUUUCUUCAACUGCUAUCACGAAUCAGACCAUUGCAAGUGCAACAUUAAACGAUUCUCAUCUCAAAUCUCUUAUGAAAACUCUACAAACAAGCAACGAAGACACACCCUACACCCUUCUUGAUGGAAUUCUCUUUUGGCAAGAUCGAGUUGUCAUUCCACAGAGCCUUAAAAAUUCAAUUUUGAGAGAACUUCACACAACACAUAUCGGUAUAACAAAAAUGAAACAACUUGCAAGGCGGUAUGUGUACUGGGAAGGGAUGAACCAUGACAUAGAAGACCUAGUUAGAUCUUGUGAAAUCUGUGCUAAGCUCCGUAACAACCCCCCGAAGGUGAUAGUACACCCGUGGGAUCAGCCUCACUCCAAUUGGGAACGUCUACAUAUAGACUAUGCAGGUCCUUUCGAGGGUCAUCAUUUUCUAAUUGCCAUUGAUGCCAAGUCAAAAUGGGCAGAGGUCCGAGUCAUGAGACAUUCUCCUACAACUGAAACAACAAUACACACACUUCAAGAAAUAUUUUCAUUCCAUGGCUACCCCAAUUCAUUGGUCACCGAUAAUGCAUCAAUUUUCACAAGCGAUGUAUUCAAAGCCUUCUGUAUUGAUCAUGGUAUUACCCAAAAAUUUAUUGCCCCAGGCCAUCCAGCUACAAAUGGAUUAGCCGAAAGAAAUGUUCAAACUGUGAAGAAACGUUUAAAAUCAAUGGCAAGUGAAAAGGGCACCAUGCCAGAAAAGGUCAGGAAAAUGCUUUUACGCUACAGAGCCACACCACUUGCAUGUGGGAAAAGCCCAGCAGAACUUUAUUUGCACAGAAGAUUAAGAAUAGAGCUGGAUGCCAUAUUUCCUAUUCCAAAGAAGAUAAAUAAAGAAAAAGAAGUUAGGCAGACAAAACAUGUAAGAUCGAUGAGAGUAGGAGAUAGAGCCCAAGUUCGCCUUUACUCUGGAAAUGCCGAAAUCUGGGAAUUUGGAACCAUCCAAUCCAAACUGGGCUAUCGACAUUACAUGGUAAAGCUUGACUCUGGACGCUUAAUCAAAAGGCACAUCAAUCAACUCAUAAGAACAAGAGUACCGCCUAAAACGACAAAUCAACGGGAAGAAGAUAAUCAAAGACGCUCCACUAACCAACAGUCAAAAGAUAUCCAAAGACGUACUGUUAGGUUCAAUAUUCCAGGGAUACCAGCAUUACAACGCUCUACAAACAGUGGUUCAACCAUUGUCGGUCGUACGCUACAACGGCGUUCCACGACUGGUCAAAUACCAGUAGUGGAGGCUCAACAUCCUGAAUGUGGCAUCCAUUUUCCUGAUGAAGUCAGAAUUCAAGAUCAAUCACCUCGACGUUCUUCGACUGGCCAAAUACCGGUAGUGGAGGCUCAGCAUCCUGAAUGUGACAUACAGAUUCCCGAUGAAGUUGAGUCACCUCAGUUACGUAGGUCAACACGUGUUCGACAACCGCCAAGUUACCUUGAGGCUUAUGUGUGA